UUCAAGCUGGAGAGAACAACGAGUCCUCCUCGAGAGUCCAGAGUGUCAGCAGAAUGGGACCCAAAUUGGCCAGGACCAGAAGUCAUCGUAGAGGUGAGCGAGGGUGUUACGGAGACACAGCGAGGAACAAUUGAAAUAAAUACAACCACAGGAAAUGAUGGACCAAAAAUAAUCGUUCGCACAGAGGAAGUCCUUAUCGUAUUAUUUGUGCUCGUCCUAUGGGUGGGAGCGAUUGCUCUUUUCUUCCAUCGAUGGGGAAAAAUUCGUAUGUUGGAGCCAUAUCAGCCAAAAUUUCAGCAGCAACAUCGAAGUUCGUGUCCUCUUGCGGAAAUUGACAGCAUAUCUAUACACAAUAAGAGAGCAUCAGUAUCCAAGAUGGGAAUUUCCGUUCAAAUGCCAACCUUUGGGACUUGCACCGGGCAGAUUCCACAGCAAAAUUUAAUUUAUGCAAGAGGACUUCCAAUGUAUUCGAGGCCUCGACAAAAUUCUGUUUUCGUCGGUCCUCCGGUCUUUUCUCCACUACAAUCAUCCCGAAAAACUAGGUCCGCUGUGGACAUUCAUCAACUCGUUCUUACCGAGUCUAGUGCUGAGGCUGUUUGAUUUCCAUUUUCCUAAAUUUCAAACUGAAUCAAAUUCUCAAAUACCCUCAAAAUUUCAGGAACACCAAAUCCAUUCAUUAUAGAAAAAAAAAAUGUCAAAAGUUCUAAAUAUCAAAGAAUAUAGAGUAAAGGAAAACCAAAACCAAAAUUCAGUUGGGAAAUAUUUUUGUACAUUCCUCUGAAUAUAAACAAAAGCAAAAAGAAAAAUCUAAAGAAAAAUCUUUGGAAACUAUUUUUUGUAUCUUUCACAGAAGAAAUGCAUGAUUUUUUUGUAGGAUUGUAUGGGGAAAUUCAAAUCAUAUUAAAUGAAAGAAUGGUUAACUUUUGUAAAAAAAAAAUACGAUAAAACAUAAUUUUUAUUUAAAUAAAAAUACAUAAUACCGUGAAAGUUUAUGAAAAAAUGCAAAUGAGCACGAAAGUCCCUAUAUAGUAAGUAUAGAAGUUACAACUAAUUAUUGCGAUGUAGAUUGUAGAUUAUUAUUAGUAACGUAAUUUUUAUUUUUAUUAGGAUUGUAAAGGGAAAGACUACAAUGCCAAAAGAAUAAUUAAAAUUUUCUCUGAUAGAAUUCAAUAUUUUUAUUAAAAAUGUAAAAUAUUUCUAAUAUUCCAAUAUCAUUAUUAAAUUCUACUUAACCUGUA